UUGGCGUGUACGAGCUAAAUUGCCAUUUGCACAAUCUAAAGCUUUUCAACAGAUUGUGAAUUCUGAUAAAUAAAUAACACCACCAGUUAAAUGACUCUUCCUUGUCCUCUCUGGGUUGGUUCCUUCUCAGCCGGCGUUUAACCCAACUCACUGAGCAAGGAUCUCUCCAUUCUUUGCUCUUUUAUUUGUGGAUUCAGUUCAAUUCUUAUUGAAUUGUAUGGUGUUUGUUGAUUUGCUGCACAUCUGGGCACCGACAAAUAUUUCCAUUCAUCUUGAAGAGUUCGUGAAUUCUUGCUUUUUCCUUUUUUUGACGAGGUGGGUCAAUCUGAUUUUGGCUCUAGAUUGGUGGGUCUGAUUUUUUUUUUCUGAUUUGGAUUGAUUAAGAUCGGUGGAUUUGUCUUGAAGAUUGAGUUUGAUUCAAAUUUUCUGGGUUUGAUUUGAAAUGGUCUAUUUCCAUAGCUCAAUCUCGGUCUGCAACUCCGUCGACCAAUCAACAGCAGUCAUGGCAAAUUCUGUGAAUUCCAAUGAGUUGCAUCCAAAAUCAAGACACAAUAAUCUUGUGCACAAGAAUAGAAAGACAAAUAAUCAUUCAAAUUGUGCUAGUAUACCUGUCUGUGAUCGAUCUCGAUCAGCUGUUAUUGAUGUUGUGAUCUUGAUUGCUGUUAUUGGUGCUUGUGGGUUCUUGUUAUUUCCUUAUGUCAAGUUUGUAACCCUUUAUUCGAUUGAAUUUGUUGGUACCGUUCAUUAUGUGGUCAAAGAUGAGGUUACGAGAAAUCCAAUGAUAUAUGCUUCUAUAGGGUUUAGUACUUUUUGUGCUGCAAUAGCUGCUUGGAUAAUACUUAUAUGCACAACUAGGAAAUGUGGGAAUCCAAAUUGUAAGGGCCUAAGGAAGGCAGCUGAAUUUGAUAUUCAGCUGGAGACAGAGGAGUGUGUGAAGAACUCAAAUGGUACUUUGGUGAAAGAUGGGGUGAAAAGGGGUCUAUUUGAAUUGCCUCGCGAUCACCACCGUGAAUUGGAGGCUGAACUGAAGAAGAUGGCACCACCAAAUGGAAGAGCCGUUCUGGUGUUUCGAUCAAGGUGUGGAUGUUCUGUUGGAAGAUUGGAAGUACCGGGACCAAAGAAGCAAAAGAAGAUCAAGAAGUAGGACUAUUAUAUUUCUUAAUUUUAGAGGAGGGAACUAAUAUAGUAGUAGAGUCAUGAGGGAGAAAGGAGUGUCUUCUCUGAUAGAUCUUCUCAGGAGCUACCUUGUCCUUAAAUAAGCCAUGGCAAUAAGUUGUAAGGGAUUUUAUAUACAUUUGGUUAUAGUGGAGAAUAUGAGAAUCCUUUAUUUCAUCAACUUUAUUUGCUAUUAUAUAAUAAUUGUUUCUGUUGUUUCCAA